UCAUUGUUGAAUCAGCGCUCCCCCAAAUCCUGGCAUUCCCAUCACCGACCCACAUCUUCCCCUACCAUGAAUUCGUCAGCGCCAUUCGCGCCCAGUUCCACCACCAUGCUCUCGUCGCUAAGAAUCCGUGCGGGACCCAAUUGGCCUCUAGCGCUUAGUUUUCCACGGAAUUUGUGGAACGAUGCGCUUCAUGCGAAUAGGCGCACAGGGAUGCAGUGCGGUGACAGGCUGAGGUGGCCGGGUGGCGAAGCGUCAAUGAGGUCCGAGGCGGCGACAUCGAUGUUGCCGAUGGCCGGCGACCCUCAGCGGCGAGCCACAUCUUCCUGCCGGGAAGCUCCGUCCGCGGCGGCAGCAGCAGCGGCGUCAGCAGCGCAGCCCAGCGACCCGGACCUCGCCCAGUCGCUGCUGAGCGGCCGCAAGCUCACGGCCGUCGCGCACCAGCUGUGGAGCAGUGUGGUGCGGCGGGGCGACACGGUGGUGGACGCCACGUGCGGCAACGGCCACGACGCCCUCGCCAUGGCCGCCCUCGCGCUCUCGCUCGCGCCCACCGCUGGCGAUGCAGAGAGUGCGAGGGAGGAGGUGAGAGGGCGAGUGGUGGCCAUGGACAUACAGGAGGAGGCAGUCAGGAGAACCAAUCAGCGGCUGGCAGCUGGCCUGUCAGAGCAGCAGAUGGCUCGUGUGCACACCAUAUGCGGCUGCCACUCCACGCUGCUUCACCAUGUCGCCCCAGACUCUGCACGCCUCGUGGCGUUCAAUCUUGGCUAUCUGCCUCAUGCCGACCGCCAUCCUUCUGUCGCCACUCCCUCUCCUCCCACCGCUCUUCCUGUGCUCACAACACGGCCGAGCAGCACGGUGGCAGCGCUAGCGGCAGCAGUAACAGCCACAGCAGUGGGGGGCGUCAUCAGUGUCAUGGCGUAUGUGGGCCACACAGGGGGCAGGGAGGAGUACGAUGCCGUGCUCAACGUGGCAGCGUCACUGCCUACUGACUCUUGGGUGUGCUGGGAGCAUCGAAGCAUCAACCGCCCUUUGAGUCCUCGGUUGGUGGUCAUGCGUCGUACACAAUAAUUGAGAAAUUAUAGGGUUUUUAUGCCCCAUUGAUGAUGUUUUUGUCACGGUUUUAUGCAAAUGUCCCCAUUUUGGUUCCUUAUAUGAUAAGAAGCUCCAUCAUGACUAUGUGUUGCAGGACAUAUGAGAUCCACUUUUGGGUGUUCAUAAAGCACAGUGAAACAUCCCUCUUCCGAUUUUGUCAGAACUGCCUAAACGCAACCUCCCCUUCCCAAGGAUCCAGGCUGUUACUGGCAGGUAUCAUCUGUGGUUGGGUCACUGUUCCGAACCCCCCGUGACCCUUCAUGGUCAACGUGGCGCCCGCUGACUGAACGGCCGAAAGGGACAGCUCCUCCACCGCUCCAGACCAAACCGCACCUCCCUUUCUGAUUGGCUGACUGCUGCGGCUGACGACGGAUGGUCCAGCUCAUCCCAGCCUGCCCUUCCCCCCAUCCGAGGCUUCAUCCUUCCGUUCCCUAGGGAGUUUCAGCAGUUGUCUUCCGCUCUCCCCAACAGCCAGCCUCCCUACUGCGUCCUCCGCAUAAG